GACCCGGCAGAAAUGAAGGAUAUUUGCAUAGGUGGACAUUCGGGGACCACAAUUGUCCCUCUACUGAGGACCACAAUUAAUGACAAAAAACAUUCUCCUGAGGAUAUUCAAGAUAUGUGCUCUAAAAUAAGAAAUGCUGGAACUGUAGUUGUAGAAGCCAAAAAGGGGAAUGGUUCGGCGACAUUAUCGAUGGCAGCUGCUGGAUUUGAGAUUGUAAACGCUAUUCUUCGAGGGCUUUCCGGCGAAAAGGGAGUUGUUGAGUGCGCUUUUGUCAAAUCAGACAUCACUUCUGCUUCUUAUUUCGCGUCUCCACUGGAAUUCGGACUUUCGGGAGUAGAACGAGUUUUACCUUUGCCUGAGUUGACUCAACAACAACAGGAUAUGUUUGAUAUUGCACUUCCAAUUCUGAAGGAUGAUAUCCAAAAGGGGCUUGAUUUUCCUUGUUAGAAACAUUCUCACUAAUAAU